CGGCCCUCCAUUUUGCUGGGUUUGGAAUCUCGAUUCCACAGGAAAGUCACAAUGAGGCCUCUCGCCUACGUGACUCUCCUGGCCAUUUUUUUCUCUUUCCACCUCCAUCUUUGUGCAUCCUCACGCCUCCUCGCCGAACGUCCUGCGGCGGCUCCAAAUGGCCAUCGCCUUCUCGCCGGACGUCCUGCGGCGGCUCCAGAUGGCCAACGCCAUCUCGCCGAACGUCCUGCGGCGGCUCCAAAUGGCCAGGCAGCAGCAGGUGCACCGGCGCCGGUUCCUACCGCAGGGUCGCCGGAGAGCAUGCCGGUAGUGAGCAUGCCCGCCGCCAACCAGCCGGCCAAUGUCCCACUUCCAGCUUACGGCAACCUCCCACCGGAGUUGCUGGCGAAGCUCCCGGCCAACGUGCCGCCGGACGUGCUGGCCAACAUCCCGCCGGAGACGCUGGCCAACAUCGAGGCGUCGCAGGGGCAGCUGCAGACGAGCGAGAUCCUGGCCACCAUCCCGGCGGUGCAGGGCCAGCUGCCGGCGAACCUGCCGCCCGAGGUGCUGGCCAAGCUCCCGGAGGUGCAGAACCAUCUGCCGGCGAACAUCACGCCCGAGAUGGUGGCCAGCCUCGCCGCGGAGCAGCAGAAGACUGCCGGCUCGCCUGGGGCGGCGGCUCUCCCCACCGAAAUCCCGGAGAUCCCCAAGAUGCCCGACUUCUCGGGGCUGGCCAAGAUCUCGUUCCCGCCGAUGCCGUCGGGGCCCAAGAUGCCGCAGCUGCCGCCCAACUUCUCGCUGUUUGGGUACGAUGUCCCCAUCCCCAAGUUCAUCACCAAGAUGGUCGACGGCAAUGGCAAUGGCGGUGGCUGACGGCGGCGGCGGUGGGCAAAACUGACGCCAAGCUUUGUUCGAUGUUAGUGGCAUCUAGGCUGUCAAUUACACAUUAACUGAAGUUUCGCCAUGGUUUUGAGUUCGAAUAAUGUGAUCAUUUUGCGAUUCUUUUGGUUUGGGUGUGAUCUGAUGGACUCUGUUCUUGCCAUGUGUAUAUAUCUUUGCUCAUUUAAGAAACAUCUGCAGGUUGAAAAGCAUUGCAAUUUUGCUA